AUGCUGACAGCUAUUAUUCUGUUAGUUUUAUCAUUAUUUUCUGUUGUUUUUUCACGAUGUGAUCGGACAAUCGGUGAUAAUAUAUCGUUUACAACAAAAAUCGAGAAUUCACCAUAUAUUGUGUAUGGCAUGUCGAUGAAUAAGAUAACAGAACAAUAUAUACCAAAUUUGUUCAAUGUCACUUUUCGUGUUGAUUGUAUUCUAAAAGGAAAACCAAUGGAUAGAAUUAUCAAUAUUAUUCAAGCUGGAGGACCAUUAUUGGGUAGAAAAUUUUGUCAAGACUUGGACGCAGGUCGAGAAUAUAUUGUUUUUAUUGAAAGAUUUUUUGAUGUAUUUCGGCCAAUUGAUUUUCAAGAAAUUAAAUUCGACGAUGAAACAGCACAACUACUAGAGAAAACAUGCAGCUUAGCUCGUAUUCAACCGCUUAGAUACAAUUCAUCAGUUAAGGAUCAAUGUCCAACUGUGUCUGCUAACUGUGCGACUGAUUCUAAAAUGGAUUUUAGCGUAUCAAUCAAAGAAACUUCAACUAUAGGAUCAACGCACGAAAUAGUAUCUAGCGUACAAAAGAAUUUGACAGUAUUGCUUUCAAAUUCACUUGGUAAAAUUCAACUUAAAGAACCAAAUGAUAAAUCGUUAUUUUCGGAUAUUAAUGGACGCAGUAGUGCUUCAUUUCUUAGUUCGAAUGUGUUAUUUGUUAUUACGAUUUCAAUUUAUUUUAUAGUAAAAAAUUGA